UGAGGGCACAAAGCCGCGCACAUGCUCUGCCGGUGGCUAUUGUAAUAUUUACAGUCACACGAGUAUAAUGGCUCUGCUCGCUUGCAGCCGCGUUGCCCUGCCCGCCCAGCGCUAUGCUGUGGCUUCGCCCCUGGUCGCUGGUCGGCGUGCUCUGCACGUUGCUCGCGCCAAGACGGAGUCAGUGGACCUGGCGCCUGGCACCCCCGCGCCUUUCUUCGAGCUGCCCGAUGUGGUGUCUGGCAAGAAGGUGUCCAUCAACGACUUCAAGGGCAACCCCGCUACCCUGGUCAUGUUCAUCUGCAACCACUGCCCCUACGUGGUGCACCUGAAGCACUCAUUCGUGGAGAUCGCCAACGAGUACGGCGCGAAGGGGCUCAAGGUGGUGGCGAUUAGCAGCAACUCCACCCAGACGCACCCUCAGGACGGACCGGAGAAGAUGAAGGAGGACGCCAUCAAGUACGGGUACCCUUUCCCCUACCUGUUUGAUGAGAGCCAGGAUGUGGCCAAGGCCUACUUCGCGGCCUGCACCCCUGAGUUUUACGUGUUUGACAAGGACCUCAAGCUCACCUACCACGGCCAGUGGGACGCCACUCGCCCCAAGCAGGACCCCCCUCACAUCCCCACCGCUGCCGACAUCCGCGCUGCCCUGGACGCGACCCUGGCCGGCCAGGCCGCGCCCAAGAGCCGGCCCAGCAUUGGCUGCAACAUCAAGUGGACCCCGGGGAAGGAGCCAGAGUACUACGGCGCUCAGAUCGUGAAGAAGUAGUUGUUGGAGCUGGCUUGCCGAUCACGGCUUGCGGAUUCACUUGUCAGGGUUCUGCGCCGCCGGUAUCUGGUAUUGGUUGUGAAGUUUGGGAAGCCUGAGAGUACUGGUAGGGCAUUUGACAAGGUGUGAAUGUGUAAUGCCCUAUGCCACGUGAGCCAUGAGCAUCUGGUACUUGUAGUGUGCGCGACGCGCGCGGUCGGGACUGACAGUUUUGCGGAGAGAGAGCCUGAGGGUAUGGCAUGUGCGGCAAGGCAUGAAUGUGUGAUGCCCCAUGCCACUGUAUCUGUGAGCAAUGCAAGAGAGUGUAUGGACCUCGCACUUGACACAUGCGCCUCCUUUAGACCCCUGCUAUGUGCACACUAAGCGUAAAUAUGACUUGUUGCUUACAACUGGCGUACAUCCACGCAAGCACCCGAUACCUCAAGGUGUCGCGCGUAGAAUUGCGUAGCCGUACCGGUCCAAA